AUGGGGCUAAAUGCAGCUAAAAACCCCAACGACAAGAUCGGAAUCUACUACGACUCACUUGACAUUUACGCCUCUUACCGUAACCAGCAGGUAACUCUAGCGACUCUCCUUCCCACCACUUACCAAGGCCACAAAGAUGUCACCGUCUGGUCACUUUACUUGUACGGCAAUGGCGUCCCGGUGGCGCCGUACUUGGCUCCGGCUCUGGCUCAGGACUUGAACGCUGGGAUUCUGCUCCUUGACAUCAGGGUUGAUGGACGGGUGAAAUGGAAGGUGGGUACCUGGUUUUCAGGUGGGUAUAGGUUGCAUGUGAAUUGUCCUGCGUAUAUAAUGUUUAGUGAUCGGAGCGCCGGUGCCGGCGUGCAGGUUGGACCGGCGGUCAAGUUCCAGCUUGUGCAGAGGUGCACUGUUGAUGUUUGAUCUAAUUAAGUCUCUCUGUUUGUUUCUUCUCCUUCUACAUAAAACCCUCUGGCUGGCCGGAUGUUAAAUAUAAUUUCACUAAAUAAGUUCGGUCAUACAUAUAUAUAUAUAUAUAAAAAUAUAGAUAUAUAUGCAUUCAGUCUGCAUUAGAUCAUAUAUAAUUAUAAAAGUUCCUUCUUGUUCUUCAACGGAUCGGAUUGCAGUAAGCCAAAAUCAGUGACCAGCAACAAUGAAACUGGUGGUUUCAGCAAGAUUCAAUUAUAAGUAUUGUAGUUAAUUUUCUUCCAUCUAUAAUUUCAUGUGAUGAAUACAUUUAAUUAC